AUGAUGCUUCAUGGAGUUCGCUCUCAGAGACGAUCCUUUUUACUGCCGUUCAUCAUCUUCGCAUCGUUCGCCGUAUUCCUUGCCUUCAUCCAGGUGUCAUCUGAUUUGGUCGCGGCUUCCCAGGCACGUAUUGGUUCCUCAUCUGGACCCCAACUUCUCAGCCAUGUCAUCGGAAUGUGUGUUCAUGUGUGGUGUGUUGCUGUUGUUGCUGAGCAAAUUGGUGAACAACUCCAGGCUACUUCAUUGGCAUUCGCUUACGAAUACACUCAACCACCACCAUAUGCCGAUACCAUAGAAAAAAGUCCACUUACAAUUGCAUGA